AUUGGACUAAAUGGUUCUUCAAGUGAUAUGGAGAAGCCAAUUCCAUGCUACGUAGAUUAUUUGGUUGCCGAAGUUAUAUAUUCGACUCUUCCACUACGACAUGAGCAUGACAUGCUCAAGGUUACCAACAAACGUACCUUUUCUUAUAUAUAUUUAGCUUCGUUAGUGCAUUUGUUUGGGAGAGAUGACACCAAUGAUAUGAAAGACGCAUGCAGCUCAUGGAAAAAAUACCUCUUUAUUGCCAAGUAACUAUAAAACUAGCAUCAAAUGCUGCACAGCUGCAAGGAGACACAGUGGUGACAUCACAGUUAUCUUACCCUGGUCUGAUACCGCGCAGUGAAAACUGUUCGGUUGCUUUUUUCCUGGAACCCAAACGUAUCAUGUUGACAGAGCAUCUACUUGCAUUGGAUCCCGAGAGCUACCAUGCCGCUACACACCACAGGCUUUUGAUCGAAAUUGGUAAUUUGGAAGUCACCCCACGACAUCUGAGUUCCUGGAUAGUCGAAGACAAGUUUUACACCGGUGGCUAUGUCAAUAUGCUUGAAACGAUGCUUUCUCGUUUACCUCAAACGAAGAUAACCACAACAGGUUCGAAAGAUACUACAGACAGCCUGUAUAAUCUCUUGUUCUUUGCGCAUGAAAAUAUAAUUAGAGAGGCCAACUUUUUCCAAACCUUGUUGGCUCGUUACAACAUUGCAUCCGACAACGUAAAGAAUAUGCGCCCCUUAACGAAACAAUAUACAGAUUUCCAACAAAAAGUAGCAGAGGAGAGUGGCGAGGGCCUUGGGAAAGCGCUUGUACUUCUUUGGGCUAUGGAGCGAGUAUUUUUUGACGCUUGGUCACACGCCAAAACUUUGUUGAAAGAUCACCUCCCUACUGAAAACGAGAGCAGCCAUAUCAAGACUAUCCGCGAACUUGUUGAAAAUUGGUCAAAUCAAGAAUUCGAACAGUUUGUCGACGAAUGUGCAAAGCAGGUCGACAACCUAUCUAUGUCUGAUAAGGACAAACUUGCCGAAUAUGAAAGAGUAUAUCACGAAAUGUUGGUAUUUGAGCAACAGUUCUGGGAUCUGGCUUAUGACGCUUAGUCUGCAAAUAUGGCAAUAAAAUCGCGACUUACAUUGUAUAGAGUUAUUACAAUAGCAUGGAUGUUGAAUUUUUUUUUCACUUGGUGAAGGUUUGCACACUGCAGAAGUUAGCCGAGAGAGUAGCAGUUACAUUUUUACUAAUUGCGCGGCCUACGGCAUCUGAUUUAAGAAAAUAGUCUUGCGCCUUGAUACAUUGCGAGCUAAUGGGUGGUCCAGUCAUACCUAUGUCGCUGGAGAGGCUGAUGCAGAGGUCACUCAUAUAGCAAUGCUUGAUCGUCCAGAUUUU